AACCUUAAAUUUUUUUUUAUUUCUGGAAGUAUAUGAGCUCUUUGACAUACGUGCUAAAGAUGAACUCUUUAACCUUAAAAAAAAAAGAUGAUCUCUUUAAUCAUUGAGGUAUUGGAAGAAUGUUGUUUAUAAUGUGAUCCGAAAGUUGUGCAAGUCUUUUAAAAUUCAGGAAGUAUAUGCACAAGACUUGUACUUUUUUUUUAAACUCACCUAACUAUGGACUUGUAUGUAUUUCUGGAUAACUCUGUUGGUGCAAAACCGGAUAUUGAAGGAGAGCUGUAAUAAGUAGACUGGCAAAAUAAAACCAGUCAAUUUUCAAAGAAUCCUCAUAAUACUGGGUACUGAAGUGAAACGGAUAUUAAUGAUUGUUUUUGUUGUAUGUUUUCUUAGGUAAAAUGUAUUGUAGUACUUAACUAAAGCUUUAUAGUGGUCAAUUUAGCUUUGAUAUGUUCGUUUUCACGGAUGAGGGGUCACUUGGGUUUGGGGGAUGCAAAGCCAGAAGAUAUAUCAGAUGAUACUAUACAAUCUGUUGUUGAAGCUUUAAAAGCUUCUUCUUUUCUUAAGAUUUCGGACGAUGGGAAGAGAGUUGGUAGAGUUAGCGAGCUUGCCAAGCCUGAGGGGGUUAUUGAGCAAAUUGAUGUUAGGACGAUUGCUGCUUCUCCAUUGGAAUACAGUGUCAAGCUUGAAGAUGUUGAGUCCUCCUUUAGUCAGCAUGGCAAGGUUAACAGUGUGAGACUGCCUCGUCAUGUAGCUGACAAAAGGGUGUUUUGUGGCGCUGCUCUGGUUGAGUUCUCCAGUGAAGAAGAUGCUGCUAACAUUGUGAACCAAAACUUGGUUUACGAAGGAGUCGAAUUAGAACUGAAACCAACGUUUCUUCAACAAAGAUAUUGAAGAACAUUGUGGAUACUUUUCCGUUUUAAUUAGGGAUGGGCGUU